AUGUUGAACAAUGGACAUUACAAGAUGAAGAAGCUAUUAGAGUUACUAGGAAACUACAACUUUCCAUUGAUUACAAGAUUGACUGAAAGCAAUACUGUUUGGGUUUACUCUAGUCCUGUUAAGCUUCAGGUUAUGAUUUUCUCCAAAGCUGAUGUCUUUCUUAAUCUGGCUCAGACUCUUAAAUAUUUGGCAAGAAAUUUUAAAUCUAAGUUUAAGUUUAUACAUGUUAAUAUAACAAAUGAGAACCUUGCGAUGCCAUUCUUGACCUUAUUCGGAAUAGAUAAUCCAAAUAAACUGUUUUUAUUUUUCAUGAUGUUUCAAGUAUCAUAUGUAGAACUGAUUCAAGUGAUUGGUCUUGGAUUUGCAAAUGACUUUUGUUCAGGACUUGCGGAUGAAACUGUUUCGCAUUACUAUAGGUCAGAGCCAGUUCCUAAUAAUGAAAAUGCAAGCAUAGUGACACUGGUAGGAAAGACUUUUGACGAGUUGGUAUUACAGGGCCACGAGAAUGUUUUUCUUGAGGUUGAUGAUUUUCCAACCAUCUUGCUCUACAAAUCUGGUGAAAAGAAGAUACAUUUAAAGCUAUCAACUAAAUUGAGCGCAAAGGACAUGGCUGUUUUCAUCAACUAA